AUGACACUCUCAAAGCUAUCUGCACUUCUAGCCUCCGCUUCCCUCGUUGCAGGCCAUGCAUAUGUCUCUAGCAUCGUAGCCGAUGGCACAACCUACACCGGCUACCUCGCCGACAGAUACCCAUACAUGUCCGACCCCCCAGAGAGCGUCGGCUGGGCAACCACCGCAACCGACCUCGGUUUCGAAGACGGCACUGAAUACCAACACCCGAACAUCAUCUGCCACCGGGACGGUGUCAAUGCUGCUAUAAGCGCUCCCGUCACCGCUGGUUCAGCCAUUGACAUCCAGUGGACAGACUGGCCGGAGUCGCAUCACGGCCCUCUGAUCACCUAUCUUGCCUCGUGCAAUGGAGACUGCAGCACGGUCGACAAGACCACCCUGGAGUUCUUCAAGAUUGAAGAGGAGGGUCUAAUUGAUGGCUCGUCUCCUCCUGGUACAUGGGCCAGCGAUGACCUGAUUGCUGCAGGGAAUAAGUGGACCGUGAGGAUUCCCUCGACCAUCGCUUCGGGUAACUAUGUUAUGCGCCAUGAGAUUAUUGGUCUUCACUCUGCCGGUCAGACCAAUGGCGCUCAGAACUACCCGCAGUGCUUCAAUUUGGAGAUUACUGGCGGUGGAAGUGAUACCCCUGCUGGCACACUGGGUGAGAAAUUGUAUACCAAUACCGAUCCGGGGAUUUUGGUGGAUAUCUAUUCUGGAUUGACCGAAUACAUCAUCCCCGGGCCUGCUUUGUAUGCUUGA